AUGUCAGGGACCUUGGAGGAGAGGUAUGAAAAGAAAAUCAAUCUCAACCUGACACGCUUCACACUUCCAAGUAAUUUCAGUAACUACGAAUAUGUUCGUUUUUUUGAAACGUUUAAAGACGUCAUUGGGAACAAGUUCUUAAGACCUGUGAAAAACUGGACAACUCCAGUCCAACUGAACAUCACGUUAACUCUGUAUGAGAUUAUAGGAGUGGAUGAAAAGACACACAUCCUUCAAACCUAUAUAUGGCUUAGGCAAUUUUGGGUCAAUGAGUUUUUGGUUUGGGACCCUGCUGAUUUUGGUGGACUCAACAAGGUGUCCAUACCGGUAGACAACAUCUGGCGCCCUGAUCUUUACGUCUAUGAGUUCGUUGAAGAAGAUUUGUCCCCCCAGAUCCCGUACAUGUAUGUGAGAAGCAGUGGUAGAAUCACCCACGAUAAACCCCUUCGCAUCGUCAGCUCCUGCAACCUGAAUAUAUUCUACUUCCCUUUCGAUAUUCAGACCUGCACUCUCUCCUUGGGACCAUUCCUCCACACAGCUAGCGAUAUAGUCCUGGGUCUCCACCAGACUUCAGAUGAAAUCACUGCGGAAUCGAAAGAAAACAUCCAGAAUAAAGGCGAGUGGGAACUGCUGAAUAUCGACGCUCAGACAACCACCUGGCAGAUGCAAGGGGAGAACUGGUCUAAAGUCAUCUUCAAGUUGAGACUGAAGCGCAGGCCCCUCCUCUACCUGGUAAACCUAGUGAUCCCCAGUGCUUUCCUCAUGGUGAUUGACCUCAUCAGCUUUUACCUGCCCGUGCACCAAAUCGACCGAGGAGCCUUUAAAAUGACCCUCCUGCUGGGGUACACCGUGUUCCUCUUGAUCAUGAACGACCUGCUGCCGAAUAAUGCAGGGGGGACCCCGAUAAUAGAAUUGGACCUCUCUGAAGAGUCCAAGCUGGUCAGCAGCCCGGAAGCCCAGUCCUCUCAGCUCAUCCAAAACCUCUUGACAAGCUUAUCCCAGGAUAUCCUGGUAAUCCGGAGCCACCUGGAUUACCGCAGCCUCCACGAGCACAAGCAGGAGGAGUGGAUCAGGGUCGCGUUCAUCUGGGACUGCUUCCUUUUCCGCCUCUACCUGCUUCUGCUUGUUGUCUUCUCUGUUAUACUGAUCUCCUCCUGGUGCAUGUGGUACAAAGCUUAG